GCUCAACCUUGAAAAGUUGUCUUCCUGUACUCCAUACAGCUUUCAUUGUGAUUUGGUUUCAAGCGGACAUUAGACAAGACGUUGUGCUUUUGCUGUUUCCUCUUUUUUUUCCAUCCCAUUGUCACCUACUAGAGAAAGACCCGGGCGUUAAGAGAAAAAUGGAACACGACACAAAAACCCCAACAUACAAAACCUCCGAUCCCACCUCAUUCGCCUACAAAUCCGCGCGCGACCGCUGGCCGUCGAUCAUCACAGGAGCAAUUGACGAUGUAUCACGUACCGUGUCAUCUUUACCGGCGGAUACCGACAAAGAUGUCAUCGCCGAGGGUAAAGCCAUCAUCGAGAAACUCGCAACCCUCAAGUACGAACUCCAACAUAAUCGCGUCUUGACCCCGGUUUUGGACGACGGACAGCCUGAUGUCAAGGGUUACAACGCCGAGCUCGAAGCCAGAGGACCGCCCAAAUGGCACGAUGUCCAGUGGUUGUUCAGCGAGUGUUACCUUUAUCGACGAAUUGCUACAGCGUUUUCUAUGGCCAAGACGGGGUUCUGGAAGGGGUACGAUGUCUUUGACCGGCAGAAGAUCGAUACCUUUCGGUCGUCGCGGCCGGCGGUCGUGGAGUUGGCGUCCAAGUAUAAAGGGAUUAUUGACACUAUUCGCAACUCGAAAUCGCAUACUGUUGUCAACGACACCAACAGCGCGGAGCCGGCAGCCAAGGAAGUUGAAGAGGCAGAGAGGUUGUUGUUCGUGGAAAUGGCGGAGAUUUGUCUAUGGGGAAAUGCUACGGAUUUGAGUCUCUUGACGACCCUGACGUACGAGGACAUUCAGAAGUUACAGGGCUCGAACGCGAGGAAAGAAUCGGAGAAGAAUAUCCUUGUCAAUGAUUUGGGACGAGCAUUUGGGGUUCUUUAUGCUGCGCAAAAGGCUGGGAAGGAGAGUCGAAGGGUUGAUAUUGUGCUGGAUAAUGCCGGGUUUGAAUUGUUUGUUGAUCUGGUGUUGGCUGGAUAUCUUUUGGCGACGGGUCUGGCGACGGAGGUGGUUCUCCACCCGAAAAGUAUUCCGUGGUUUGUGAGUGAUGUUGUGCCGGGGGAUUUUGCGGGAUUGCUCGAGGCCAUGCAGGAUCCGAAAGCCUUUUAUCAGCAAGCAAAAAGUGAGGACGAGUGUGAUGAGAAGAAGACCGAGGUGUUGAGUGAUGAAGACGCGGAAAAUGUUCGCUUCUUGUUCGAGGAUUGGAGUCAGUUGCAUGGCGAGGGACAAUUGAUUUUGAGGCCGAACAGAUUCUGGACGCACGCGGGGAGUUUCUGGCGGAUGCCGAGCGUUGCGCCGGAGUUGUUUGACGAUCUGAAGGAGAGUGGACUCGUGGUGUUCAAGGGGGAUUUGAAUUAUAGGAAGUUGACGGGUGAUGCUGAGUGGCCUGCGACGACGCCCUUCACGACUGCGAUUGGGCCUCUAGGACCGUCGUCGGGAUUGAGAGUGCUGGCGCUGAGGACGUGUAAGGCUGAUGUUGUGGUUGGGUUGCCCGAGGGGAAAGAUGAGGAGAUCCGUGCGAUGGAGGGUGGUGGAGGGGAUUCGGGCGCGAGGAAGUGGGCUUGGAGUGGGAAGUGGGCUGUUGUGCAAUUCUGUGACGGGAAGGCUUGAAGAGGAGGAUAGAUGGAUUGCGGUUUGAGUCGUUGG